AGUCUCCCCGGGAGAGCAGCCCCCAGCAUGGCGAGUGUGGUCGUGAAGACCAUCUGGCAGUCCAAGGAGUUCCAUCAGGCUGGGGACACCCCUGCCAGGGUCGAGAGGAGGAUCCAGCUGGGCCCCGAGGCUCCUGGGGGCAUGACCGGCCCUGCCAAGGGGAUUACGAAGAAGAAGAAGGCUGUGUCAUUCCACGGGGAGACCAGUGAAGGCAGAAGAAAGCAGGAAGCGGGGACGGAAGAGGCAGACGAAAGCAGGCAGCAGGGGCUGAAGAGAGAGAAGAUAGCGGGCCUCGGGGAAGGCGAGAACGAAGAAAGUGGGCGCGUGGAGCCGCGGAUGCCACAUGAGCCCGUGCACUGGUGUCUCAACCUCAGACGGUCCUCGGGCUGCACCAACGUGUCCCUGCUGAACCUGGCCGCCGCAGUGGAGCCCUCGGACUCCUCGGGAACCGACUCCAUCACUGAAGACAGCGGCCGGCUGGCGCUGCCCGGGCCCCCCACCGCCCCUGUACCGCCCUGGGCUUCGGAAGACCCGGACAUCAAGGAACUUCUGAGUGGGGUGAACACUGGACUAGUCCAUGCCAAAGACUCUAUCAUCAGCUUGAAGGAAAAGACCAGCCGGGUAAACCAGCACGUGCAGACCCUGCAGAGCCUGCUUCCUGCUCAGUGCAACCAUAGCCCCAUUGGGGAGCUGAAACUCAGAAGGGAAAGUGCUCGCCAGGCCCAAACUCCUCCCCAUGGCCUGUCCCUGCUCCAGAGCGAGUGUUCCCUGCUGAGCGAGAAUCUAGAAAGAAGGCGGCAGGAGGCGGAGGAGCUGGAGGGGUACUGUAGCCAACUCAAGGGACCCCGCCCUGGUGUCCUGACCCAGGAGAACUGCAAGAAGGUGACCCGCUCCGUGGAAGAUGCUGAAAUCAAAACGAACGUCUUGAAGCAGAACUCGGCCCUGUUGGAGGAAAAGCUGCUGUACCUCCAGCAGCAACUGCAGGACGAGACGCCUCGGAGGCAGGAGGUCGAGAUGCAGGCGCUGGAGCUGAAGCUGGAGGCCGGCCUCUCCCCCUCGGGCCUUCAGAGGAAUCCUGAAGAGGCCUCGAGGCCACGCAGCACGGUUCCCAGCGCCUGCGGAUCCGGGACCCGGGCCGGGGAAGCAUCCCACGCAAGCGAGCUGGAGCUGCAGAAGAUCUCAGCCGGCAUGGAGGAGCUGAGGAGGGAGAUGUCCUCGCUGACCGCACGGUGGCAUCAGGAGGAGGGGGCGGUGCAGGAAGCCUUGCGGCUGCUCGGAGGCCUGGGCGGCAGGCUGGACGGCUUCCUGGGUCAGUGGGAGCGCGCACAGUGCGACCAGGCGCAGACAGCGCGGAGCCUGCAGGAGCUGCGCAAUCGCGCAGAUCAGCUGUGCACCUUGGUGGAGCGGUCUGCAGUGUCCCUGGCUUCCCUGAGGAGUGAACUGGAGGGCCUGGGCCCGGUCAAACCGAUUCUAGAAGAGCUGGCACGGCAGUUUCAAAACUCUCAAAGAGGCCCUGACCACUCCAUGAGCCUGGAUCGGUCCCCCCAAGGCUCCUGUGGGCGCUGUGCCAGCCAGGGGCAGCAGUUGUCCACAGAGUCCCUGCAGCAUCUGCUGGAGCGCGCGCUGACCCCUCUGGUGGAUGAGGUGAAGCAGAGAAGCCUGACCCCUCCUGCCUGUCCCAGCUGCCAGAGGCUACACAAGAAGAUUCUGCCCAGUCCAGCAAGCCCAGCGGUGCCUACACUCCUCUCCCCAGGAGCUGGAGCGCCAGGCCUUGGCCAAACACGUCCGGGCAGAGGCCCUGAGCUCCACCCUUCGGCUGGCCCAAGACGAGGCCCUGCGGGCCAAGAAUCUGCUGCUGACAGACAAGAUGAAGCCGGAGGAGAAGGUGGCCACCCUGGACUAUCUCCACCUGAAGAUGUGUUCCCUCCAUGACCAGCUCAGCAACCUGCCACUUGAGGGCUCCACAGGGACAAUGGGGGGAGGAAGUAGUGGAGGGACUCCCCCAAAAC